AUGGGCCGGAAAAAGAAAAACUCCGGUGCUAGUGAGCUGGUAACGGGAUCAGGAAGUCAUGAGAAAGCUUUUUCAAGUUCUCAAAAGCAAGUGGUUGGAGCGGAAUAUACAGAUGGCAAUGGAACAGUAACACGGAAUGAAGAGGUGGAGGUUGGGGUGUCUGAAGCUCCGAUUCCGAUAGUCGACGGGUCGGAGGUCAAUAUUUCAUUAGCAGAUGAAGCUCGAAAUACCUGGAAGGGUUUCACACAGAGUAAGAUCUCUGAUAAAGGUAUGAACCUUAGCUUUAUUGCGCCAAUGGUAGUAAAUGGGGAGUCUGUAGCUCAACUUGAUAAGAAUGAUAUUGAGAAUAUGAGUGAACAAUGGGGAAAUGCUUUGAUUGUAUAUGUUAUUGGUCAAUCCCCUAGCUUGAUGGCCAUAACUAAUUACUGUAAAACGCAAUGGGCUCCUAAAAGUGAGUUCAAAGUGUUUAAACAUGAUGAAGGAUACUAUGUGAUUAAACUGGAAGCAAGGGAGGAUAGGGAUGCAAUAUUAUACUCUGGACCACAUUUGUUUUUUGGGAAAGCCAUGAUUGUGAAGCAAUGGACAGUAAACUUUAAUUUUCAUAGUGAAGUGUUAAUGGUUAUUCCUAUUUGGAUUAAACUGCCUAAUCUUCCUCUUAACUGCUGGAGCCCAAAAUCGCUGAGUAGAAUAGGUAGUGCUGUUGGGGUGCCUAUCUAUGCUGACGAAUGUACAACAAAGCAAUUGAGGAUAUCAUUUGCUCGUAUACUGGUGGAAAUGGAUGUCACUGUUGAGGUGCCUAAGGAAAUAACUAUUGCUGAGGGGGUCACCUUUAAGCAAAAGAUUGUGUAUGACUGGCUACCUCAAUUCUGUCAAAAAUGUCAGAAGGUGGGGCACUCUUGUGAGAGAAAGACUGGUAAUAGUAUGGUGAAUAAGAAGGUAACACAGAGAUGGGUGGAAAAAACUAAUAUUCAACAGAAGGAAACUGGUGAGAUUGAGACUAAUGGAAGGCCUCCUGAGGAAAAUGCUUCAAAGGAGGGUAUUGGGGAAGAUAGGAAUGCAUUGUCAGUAGCAAGCAUUCCUGCACAUGACAAUGUGACUCCAGUAGCUACACCAAUUGCUCAUACACAGAGGCAGGAUCCAGGGGAGGAAGGAGCAUGGAAAGUAGUCACCAGGAAAUCUAAGGAUAAAGGGAAGCAGGUGGCUUUCCAGCAGGCUAGGGCAGCAGUGACUUAUGAGCUAUCAGAGACUGGAAUCUCAGCUGGAGCUGGGGGUGCUAAGGGACCAAUCCCUUAUUUGUCAUGA